AUGGCACAAGCCUUCAUCUUUCUGCUUCUCUUGCUGGACAUGAUGCUUGUGGCUGCAUCUUUCAAAAUCUGUGCUUUCAACAUACGAAGCUUUGGACAAGCCAAGGCAGCCAACCAGAAGGUGAUGAGAGCUCUUGUCCAGAUCCUGUCUCGUUGUGAUAUCUCUGCUGUGCAAGAAGUGCGUGACUCCAAGGGACUGGCUAUUCAGAUGCUACUGCGGAAGCUCAAUAGGUAUGAUCCUUCUCACCGCUACAGCUGCCUAGAAAGCAAGAGACUUGGACGAAGCAGCUACAAGGAGCAGAAUGUCUUUGUGUAUCGUCGGGAUGCUGUGUCAGUUAUGGCUCAAUGUCAAGUUGGAGAUGAGGAUGCCAGAGAUUUUGCUAGGGGACCCUUUGCUGUGCGUUUCCAUUCCCCAUACACAGUUGCUUCAGACUUUGUGCUAGUCUUGCACCAUACCUGUCCUCGGGAAGCUGCCCAUGAGCUUGACCUGCUAUUUGAAGUAUGCAUGGAACUAAUGCACUGGUGGAAAACGGAGAAUGUGAUGGUGCUGGGAGACCUGAAUGCAGGUGGUACCUAUAUCCCAAUGAGCGCAUGGGCCAGAAUCCGCCUGCGCAAUCAUCCUGCCUUCCAUUGGCUUAUCAGUGACCAAGAAGAUACCACCGUCAGCCACCGCACUUGUUGUUCUUAUGACAGAAUCAUAGUUCAUGGAGAAGAAUUACUCUCUGCUGUUGUGCCCGGAUCAGCAAAGGCAUACAAUUUCACAAAGGAACUUGGAUUGUGUGAAGAAGAGGCCUUAGAAAUCAGCGAUCACUAUCCUGUGGAGGUGAAGCUAAAGCUUGCUCCAAAGACCCAGCAGGAACUCUAA